AUGUCUCUCAAUUACAAGACCAAAAAUGAAGACGGCGUGCUCUCCCGACUGUUCAUGUCCGAUCAUGCUUCCGCCUGUAAUGUAUGGCAGCUGGGCGUCCUAGUGGCUAAGGUCCUUCUCGCUAUGCUCGAAGAAGAUGAUAGCGAUACGUCAACUCUUGAAGUUGAGAUAGAAACAUGUAUCAUGGUCCUGCUCUCAAUCGCCUUACAACCUCACGUCGCCAACGGGGUCAUCACCCGUGUCAUCAACCAUCCGCCGACGGGCAUAGAUGAAUUAGACCACUUGGUCGACCGUGCUCAGAAAGUACUCAUAGCCAAGAUGCGCCCGCCUACACCCUCGUCCAGGACGUCCAGUCCCGCCUCCAGACCAAAAGCCAUCUCCUCGGCCCCUCCCUCUCCCUACCUCGAACGCUCCCAGUUCAUCACGGAGAAAGCGACACGUCCGCGGGGUAUGUCCCGCUCCUCCACAUGGUCCGCGCCCACCACGAACACCGCGGGCAGCAUGAUGUCAAAAUCCGCCGCCGCCUCCGCCGUCGUCACCUCGGAAGAACUCACCCCUUCGGGAUCGUUCGUUCCCACUCGAUCCGCGUUCUGCUCGUUGCGGAGCAUGACAUCCGACUCCCCGCGCCGCCGGGGCCGUUUGCCCUUCAAAUGGUUUCAGAGGUCGUCAUCGCCCUCACCGCAGAGGUCAUCGUCAGUCGAAACGCGGGCUUCCUCCGUCCCGUCAUUCAGUCGCACAUCAUCUCCAGACUCGCUGUCGACUACCGCGACGUCAGUGGCGCCCGAUUCGCCCGUGCCCGUCAUGCUAAAUGUGCCGCAAGCUGAGAAGCAGAGGAAACGCCGCGACUCUGUGUUGAAGGAGGUGGAAGAUACCUCGCCGCUGAAUACGAGCUGCUGCUGUGCUCGGAAACAUGGUGUUCUAGAGACUGUCGGGUGAGAAGUAGCGGUGGUGCAAAACAUGUCUGCGGACGUCCAACACCAGUGUAGACUAGAUCUGUAUUUUAGAUAUCAACUGUAUUUCUAGGUCAGAGAUUUAGGGAAAAUAUGGGGCAUCUAUGUCAUGACAUAGUGAUGAUUC